AUGGCCGCCGCUCGGGUGCUGCUGCUCCUGGCCGGACCCCCGGAGCCGGCCAGCUUCGCACGGAGCGUGUGCGGGCUCCUGGGCGCCGGGCCGGAGCGCGGGCCGAGGCCCACUCACUGCAGCCUGAAGCGGGGCCAGCUGGUGCUCUCGGACCGGCCCUUCCCGGGCGCCGCGGCCAGGCUUCCGCUCCAGCGAUCCCCUUUCUGCCCCUUCGCGGCUCUGGAGCAGCGGCCCAGAGGCUCCAGACCCGAGCUGCCCACAGACCGAGGUGUGGACUUGGGUGUGGCCGUCAUUCUGCAGUCCUGCGACCAGACUGUCCUGUUGACACGCAGGACCCGCACCCUCAGGGUUUCCCCCAAUAUCUGGGUACCCCCAGGUGGGCAUGUGGAACUGGAGGAAGAGCUGCUGGACGGAGGACUCCGAGAGCUUUGGGAGGAGAGUGGACUACGGCUGGCCCAGGGCAAGUUCUCCUGGGUCCCUCUAGGGUUAUGGGAGUCUGCCUACCCUCCACGGCUGAGCUGGGGUCUCCCCAAGUACCAUCACAUCGUCCUCUAUCUGCUGGUCACCUCCCAGGAGUCAGAACAGCAGCUGCAGGCACGGAUCCAACCAAACCCAAGUGAGGUGAGCGCCUUCAUGUGGCUGGGACCAGAUGUAGCAGCUGCAGUGGCAGCCACAGCGGAUGGAACAGAGACAGCCAGACCUCUUCCCCAGGGCUUACCGCCUUCCAUCCCUGCAGUGGAGCUGCUGGAGGAUGGAGAAGCCCGACCGCAGGCCCUGCCUGUGGCCACACUGCUAAGGACCACUCCAACCACAGCAAAGCUGGAGGAGAGGGUCAGCAUGGGGACCAAGUUUGCCCUCAGGCUCUGGCUGCAGCACCUGGGCAGGGUGACAACCCCACCUUGUGAGAGUGGAGCUCACCUGGACCCAAGGCCAACCAAAGAAGAGCCGACCCUGGAUGCCCUGCCCCCAAGCCAGGGGCUUGGAAAGCCAAGUUCAUAAGCCGCUCUCCAACCAACACUCACAGAAUAUUCACGACCUUUAUUAUGGGUGAGCAUUUUGCUAAAAUGUUGGGAAUAAAAAGUAAAAUCAUAACAGAAGUUCUAGGCCCUGGAGAAGACUGAAAAAAAGGAAUUGGGACGGAGGCCCGAGUCCCCCUGUGUCCCCAGAAAGGUGCAGACGGAACCAACCGGGGGCCUCUGAGAGCUUGGGCCCCGGGCUGGUCGUUAAGACACGUUAGGAACUUUAAAUAUAUAAAUAGAGAAAGACCCAGGUUAGGCCAGGGCCUGCCCCCAACCCUAGGGGAUCAGGACCAAGGCCUUAGCAUCUCCUCAGUCAGCCUGGGAAGCGGGAGGUGGGAAAAGCCAUCUUUGGAGUAUUUGGUUUUUGUUUAUGUACAAAAAACAAUUUUGCAACCCAAAAUAAAGUUCUCUGUCCACGGUU